GGUGCGGACGCGGCCCCCCGGGGAACCAAGGAAGUACCCUUGCCCUUUGCGAACAAUGAGGCGCCAGCGAAAAAUGGGCCCGGGGACAGUUGUUGCUCUGAAUGCGCGAGUGUGGCUGAGUGAGUGUGUGUGUGUGUGUGACUGCAUCGCGUUGAGUGUGUGAGUGCGUCCCGGAGUGGCGUGCGCGCGGCCGGCCCCCCUGACGCGCCGUUCUUCCAGGUGACUGCCGCCCCGUAGUCCGGGGGCGCGGGGCGCGGGGCGGGGCGUGGGGCCCUCCCCUCGCCGACCAUGCCGAAGCAGACGCACGUGGAGGAGCCUCUCAUCCCCCCGCAGGACAACAAGAUCUGCGGGGUGAUCUGCCUGUGCCAGCUCACGGCCGUGCUCAGCUCCGUGGCGCUGGUGUACCUGUCCGUGGCCGUGUACAUGCCGUCGCUGCGCGCCUUCAACUCGGGCGUGUCCGAGGUGCCCGUCAUGUGCACCACGACGCGCGCCGUGAACCGCGAGUCGUGCGACUGGGGGACGUGCGGCGAGUGGUGCCUCAGCAAGUCGUCGGGCGCGUGCAUCCAGAUCCACGUGUCGCUGCGCCGCAACGGCUCCAGCCUGCUGUUCGCCAACUGCAGCCACACGGCCAACAAGACGUGCUACGGCAUCGACCAGGAGAACGCCAAGAAGUCGCGCUGCAUCGCGGACGAGUGCAAGAACCUGACGGGCACCUUCAACUGCACCAUGGGCACGUGCAUCAACAUCACGGACGCCUUCAAGUGCGAGUUCACGGAGACGGAGGCGCCGCUCAAGUGCUCCGGGCGGCGCGGCAAGAUCACGUGCAUCGAGAUGGACGGGCUGCAGAACUGCCACCGCGGGCUGUGCGAGCGCAUCAAGACGCCGUACAACUGCGACCGGCGCUGCGUCGACAUCCCCACGCGCAACAAGAACACCAUCCUGCUGAGCGGCGACAAGGUGUACCUGUCGCGCUGCCAGAGCGCCAUGCUCAACGACUCGGACUCGGAGGUGUGGAACGCGCGGCAGGACAACAUCCUGAUGGCGUCGUGCCACACCAUCACCAACACGUCGCGCGGCGUGGAGGCCACGGACUGCAUCAACGGCACGCUGCUGGACAAGAGCGCGCUCACCGACCUCACCAACUUCACGUACUUGUCGCACCUGAGCGUGUGGAACCCGGUGCCGCUGGACGAGGCGCGCGUCGUGGCGCCGCCCGAGCAGGACCUGGUGAUCGCCAACGAGAGCCGCCUGCUCAUCAACCUGGAGGGCUGCGUCAACACACUGCGCGACGAGUGCCGCGAGUUCCUCCGCGACUACGGCCAGGACGGCUCGGACCACAACGCGCGCGCGCGCUUCCCUUGCUUCUACGCCGAGCUCAACACGGACAUGGUGGUGGCGCGCUUCGACCUCGAGGCCACGUACCGCGAGUUCGUGGUGGCGUCCCUGCUGCCCUCCGUCCUCUUCAUCGUCUCCUGCCUCACGCUGCUGCUCUGCCAGCGCACCGUCGAGGUCGGCGACGACGCCAAGAUGCGCUUCAAGUGCUGCGGCACCGCCCUCGCCAAGGUCCUCAGCAAGGACGGCUCGCUCGGCGCGCUCGACACGGGCGGGGGGACGGACCCCAUGGCCCUCUGAGAUCCCUCACGCAUUCCCCUCUUGGAGGAGAGCCCGGUGCACCAGCCGCAUAGUGUGUUUUCGCUGCAGGAGCACUAAAGCCGUCACGCCACGCCAAUCUUCUUCAAGCACGCCAAAUUUCUUCGAGCCACACCAUUUUCUCUUUCGGCUUCCUUUUUUAACUUUUCUCUCUCUAUCGUCUCUGCACGGAGAACUACCCCCACCCCUCCUAUUUACUUUCGUGUGACCCCUUCCUCCCCGAUCCUUCAAGAAUCCCCCGUUUGGUUGGAUCUUCAGCCUCCGACGACGACCCAGCGGAUUUUUCGCCCUCUUUUCCAAAUCAGUCAGAAGAAGACGAAACAAAAAGAAGAAAGAUUUGUUUCGAAAGAAACGAGUCAGUAAGUCCCUCUGAAAAUUCUCCUCCGCUCUAAAGAAGACAGUGGCAUCCUUGAAAAAGUCCGCGCUUGCUUGUCGUCGAGUCCACUCCGACGAGCGCGGAGCGAAGACUAGAAGGCUGGCUGAAGACACGUCGAAGACCGCGAACACACUUAGCUCUCAUCCGCCCGUCCCGCGCGAGCCCGCGCCGGCACGGGGAGGGGACUGCGUCCAGAGGCAUUGAGCCGCACGCUUCAAAACGAGUUUCCGAAACGAGUUUUUGAAACGCCCUGCGGCGGACACUUUUACACUCAAGUGAUAUACAUUUCGGUUGUUGUUUUUCGUUUUCGUUUCCCUAUCGUUUGGGCACGCCUUGGUAUUUCCCUCAACGGGAACGCUUAUCAAUUGUUUCGCGAGUAGAAGCAAAGGCGGCAGUGUAGUCAAUUGUUUUUGUUUCGUACCGUUCGGUCGAGGGUACGUCGAGCGCGAAUCGAUAAUAAUCCUAGUUGUAAUGAUAGUGGUACUGUGAAUGAGUGGCGAGGCGACAGUGAUCGCACACACACGCACGCACGCGCGCGUCUGCUAGGAUUCCAACCGCCGUCACCAUGG